CUGGAUCCACUCCAUACCUUCAAUCAAACAACGCCUCCCUCUAUCUCUCUCGGGGGAUUGUUUUUUGAUUCAAAGGAGAGAGAAAGUUAGAGAGAGAAAGCUCUGCUUGAAAAAAAUGGCAGACUAACAGCAGCAGCAGUAGCAAAGUUGCAGUUUUUUUUUGAAACAAACCCAAAUCAUGGCUAUCUUCUUCUUCCGACGCUGAAAACCCAGUUCAUCUAAAGGCGGUGGUUUGGCUUUUAUGGAAGAAGCUUUUCAGAAAAAACAGAGACUGAACUGAAGCUACGCGAUAUUUGUUUGUGGGUGUGAUCCUGUUUUUUUGUAUCUCUGUUUUUUCCCCUCUCGCAUCAUGGAUUCUUAUGAAGCAACAAGGAUUGUGUUCUCUAGGAUCCAGAAUUUGGACCCUGAAAAUGCUUCCAAAAUCAUGGGUUUUCUUUUGAUUCAAGACCAUGGAGAGAAGGAGAUGAUUAGAUUGGCCUUUGGUCCAGAAGCUCUGCUUCACUCUGUUAUUCUUAAGACUAGGAAGGAUUUGGGUCUUCCGUCCACGAACUCGCCGUCUACGAUGAGUUCUUCGCCGUCUCCGUUUAGUCUUUCGAGGCAGAGUUCUUCUACUUCUUCGUCGAGGUUUGGAAUUAAUCUUCCUCCUUCACUUACGAUUCCGAGUCCUUCUUCCAGUUCUGUUUCGUGGGCUACUGGUUUUUCGCCUGAUCUUCAAAGUUCUGAUGAUCAUUUGAUUAGUCCUGGGAAUUUACCACUUGGGUCGUCGUGUUUUAGUGCUGGAGAAGCUCCGGUGACUGAUAUGAUUGAUGAGUUUCAACUUCAGGACCAGCUUUCGUUUCUCAACGACGGCUCUCCGACCAUCGGUGUUAAGAAUUCCGACUUGUUUUUCCCUCCGGUGGACUUGUCUUCGAGUCCCACCGGCGGUGGGAUUAGUUCCUAUGGCGGAGAUGGCACCUGGAGUGGAGGGGUGGUCCACCGCCGGAGCUACUCUGUUAACGAUGCCAGUUUGGGAACAGAGGAUUUGAAUAGUGGGUUGGGUUGGAAGCCUUGUCUUUACUACGCUAGAGGGUUUUGUAAGAAUGGAACCAGUUGCCGGUUUCUCCACAGCGGUCUUGGAGACUCCGACGGCGGCGGCGCCGCCGUCGGCUCGCCGAGUAAGAUCGAAAUGAUGGACCAGUGCCAUGAGCUUCUCAGAUCCAAAUCCUCUGCUCAGCAGCGCCUCGCCGCCGCUUCUCAGCUCAUGGCCUCUGCUAAUGCCUUCCCUUACUCUCCCAAAUCCAUCAAUUUCCUUCUCCAACAACAACAAAGCGAUUCCCAGAGAGCCGCCGCUGCGGCCCUGAUAAUGGGCGAAGAUCUUCACAAAUUCAGCCGGUCCGGCCGCUUGGAGCGAAACGAGUUCUCAUUGAAUGGCAGCGCCGGUAUCGUCAAUCCAGCUUCAAGACAGAUCUACUUAACAUUCCCAGCCGACAGCACCUUUAAGGAAGAAGAUGUAUCGAAUUAUUUCAGCAUGUACGGUCCAGUUCAAGAUGUGAGAAUCCCAUAUCAACAGAAGAGAAUGUUUGGAUUUGUCACUUUUGUUUAUCCUGAAACUGUGAAGCUCAUUUUGGCUAAAGGGAAUCCCCAUUUUGUUUGUGAUGCUCGUGUUCUUGUUAAACCAUACAAGGAAAAAGGCAAAGUCCCAGACAAGUACAGGAAACAGCAGCAAAUCGAUAGAGAUUUCUCCCCUUGUGGAACACCAACUGGGUUGGAUUCAAGAGAGCUCUACGAUCAUCUUCAACUCGGCUCAAGAAUGUUCUACAAUUCUCAGCAGGAUCUGCUUCUGCGGAGGAAACUCGAAAAACAGCAAGCUGAUAUUGAUCUUCAAAGUAGACGCCUUCUGAAUCUACAGCUUCUUGACGUGAAGAAAAACCAGCUCCCCCACCCUUACAACAGCCACCGUGCUUUCUCGACCGGCAGCCCGAUUCCUUCCCCGACGCAUUCUCCGAAUCCGUUUGCUCAAAAUCUCAUCUUCCCCACCAUUCGUAGUGCUAGCAGUUGCAGCAAUUCUGAUAUCUUACGAGAGAAUGGCCCUACGCCACCGCCCGUUACGAUCGUAUCUUCAACCGAUAUGCCUCGGCAGCUAUCGCCGUCGGCAAACGAAUUCUCCGUCCAUGACAAGGAGACAUCCCAAAAUGAUGACAUUGAUUUACUUGAAUGUUUUGAACACAAUCUCCCGGAUAGUCCCUUUGCAUCACCAGCAAAAGCCACCGGCGACCAUGCAGCAAACGACUCCGACGACGCCGACGCCAACCCCGAGUCGAAUCUCACAUCAACAUCCUCUCUGGAAGUAGCAGCAUCCUUCAAAUCCUACAAUUGCCAAAUGCCAAGGUUCCCAUCGAGCCACGGAUCAAUCGGAAUGUACGUAGGGACAGGCGGGCCGACAUGUCCGGUGGGGAUUUAGCAUCAAAAGCAGCAGCCACAGCAGGUAAAAUAGAAAACCCACAAAGAAACAAAAAGAAAAAAUAAAGAGAUUAACCAAAACAGCAGAGGAGUACACAGUAUGAACACAGUAUCUAUAGAGAAUGAGGGGAAGCAGAGGCAGGUCCUCCACAAGGGCACACCAUCAAUGAAGAGUACAAAAGAAAAGCAGUAGAAGAGGGAAGGUGGGGGCAGACCCCCAUACCCAUUUCUUCCAUGUUUACUGUUAUUGAUGUAGCAGAGCAGUAGAAUUCCAUCAUCUUCUUCUUCUCUCUUCCUUUUAGUGUUAUAAAUUUGAAUUUUAUAGGUUAAAAGUAAGAAGAAAAAGAACACACAGAAAGAAAGAAAGCAUGUUUUUUUUUUUUUUAGGGUUUUUUCACAGAGUACUUCAAAAUGGCAGAGGUUGAAGAAGAAGAUGAUAGUGAUGAUGAUGGUGGAGAGACUGUAAUAUUCCAUUUUUAAUUUCAUUUUCUCUCA